GUCAAAUUAAAUUUCAAACGGACGUCGUGACGUGAUAGCGCGUCUGGCCACAGUUGGUGAUGUCAUUCGUAUGCGACCUCACACUUUAUGGUAACGUACCAUGUUAUGCUAACCGACGGUGCAACACGACCAGUGGAUUAAUUUUUCCUUAAAGAUUUUCUGGUUGGGAAGGGGGUAAAAUGUCUUUAUAUGAUGAUCUGGGGGUCGCUACCAGCGACACCAAAACAGAAGGAUGGUCUAAAAACUUCAAACUGCUUCAGUCUCAGUUGAAAGUGAAGAAAGCUACACUGACACAAGCGAAGACUCAGAGGAUGAGACAAUCCAAUGUUCUAGCUCCGGUUGUUGAUCUGAAGAGAGGAAGUGCUGUAGAUGACAGACAGAUCUCUGAUACACCUCCACACAUUGCUGCAGGGAUGAAGGACUCGACAUCAGUUGGGUUUUCAUCCGGAGAUGUGCUGAUUCCUUUGGCUGAUGAGUAUGACCCCAUGUUUCCCAACGACUAUGAGAAAGUGGUCAAGAGACACAGAGAAGAACGACAAAGACAGAGAGAACAGGAGCGACAGAAAGAGAUUGAGGAGAGAGAGAAGAAGCGUAAAGAGAGACAUGAAGGAGGGGGAGCACCAAGUGGAUUUUCACGUUUCCCAACAGAAGGCGAAUCAGACGAGGAGGAGGAGUAUGAGAGAGAAAAGAAGAAGAGGAGUAUAGGUGGAGCUGCCAUCGCCCCUCCGACAUCACUAGUGGAGCGAGACUCAUCAUAUUCAUAUGAUGAAGAUGGUCGGCAGAGGUCGAAGGCAGCAAUCCCACCUCCAAUUUUUGAUGAUUCUGAUAGACCACGAUCUCCCCCGGGACCAACUAAUUCAUUCCUGGCCAAUAUGGGUGGUACUGUGGCUCAUAAAAUCAUGCAGAAGUAUGGAUUCCGAGAUGGACAGGGCUUGGGGAAACACGAGCAGGGGUUGAGCACGGCGCUCUCAGUGGAGAAAACCAGCAAGCGCGGGGGAAAGAUUAUUAUUGGAGACUCAACGGAAAAGACAUCAGGAUCCAGUCAGAAUGUGGCUGAUCCACAUGGCUCUAAUUCAGCGGAUGCCUCAAAGAAAAGUGAGACCAACCCUCUUACAGAGAUUCUCAAGUGUCCUACAAAGGUGGUUUUGCUCCGGAACAUGGUUGGAAGGGGAGAAGUGGAUGAAGACCUGGAAGCUGAGACUAAGGAGGAGUGUGAGAAGUAUGGGAAAGUCACCAAGUGUGUCAUCUUUGAGAUCUCUGGUGUUUCUGACGAGGAGGCUGUCCGCAUUUUCCUGGAGUUCGAACGAGUCGAAUCAGCCAUUAAAGCUGUGGUGGAUCUGAAUGGGCGGUACUUUGGAGGUCGUGUGGUGAAGGCCUGUUUUUAUAACUUGGAUAGGUUCCGUGUUUUAGACCUGGGAGACCAGGUGUGAGUGGGAGACCCAGUCCUGCACAACCAGGAAAGAGUAAACACCAGGAGGAAGUCAUUUGUCUUUCUGUAAAUAGCAUGUGUCAUUUUAUACACCCUUGUAAAACAUUAGCUUACGUGCCCCUUUUCUGCAUAUGUUUUGUAAUGAAGAUUUCAUUUGCUCUUUUGUUAAUUGCUUCUAGUCUCUCUCUUACAUCACAGUUAGAAAAAUCCUUUUGUCCUUGUGAAGAAGAACCCAGAAAUAAAAACGUUUAGUGUUCUGUUUUAAAGGUAAAAUAUGGGAACAGACUUUUUCAUAUAUCAGUUUAACAUGCAGAGCCUUGUGGGUUUACUUCCUGAUGAAUGAGCAAUGUGAUGCUUUCAAAACACGGUUUAACCAAUGGCGUGCGUUUGCGGUGGGACUAUUUGUUUAGCUGAACAAAGAAAGAUAAGAAAAGGGUUGUUGGUAUUGAAAACUGGUCUUCUCCAGUAGUUACUACAUGGUUUUGAAGAAGAUAAAUGUACACACUGAUGUUGAAUGGGGUGAUGAUGAUGGUAAUGAAUGAGUCCUGGUUCGUGAUUUAUAUAAUCAGACACACAUGUCCCUAUGCGACUCUCUAGAAAGUAGGAAACCUACAUUCUUCUAUUGUGACAUAACAGCGACUCCCACGAGCCCUUACUCUCUGAUCCACACACUAUUGAUAGACUUAAAGAAUUAUACUUUUUCGUAAUGUGUGUCUUGACCUGAGCAGAAAUUGGGUUCUGUGUGUUACAAAAUAAAAGGUGAACAGGUUUUCAAAAGCA